GGUCUCCUCCCCUUGCUCUGACGCGAGGCCCGUGGCUCCCCGGGAGGAUGCACCGAGCGCCGCGCUAGCGGGGGGCUUCCCCGGGCUGGAGAGCGCGCCUGAGUGCCGCCUCCCGCCGGGCAUGGGAGCCGCUUCCUGGCGGCUGUGGCAGCGGAGGAUGCUCCAGGCAAGCAGAGCACUCAAGAAGAGUGAAUGAAAUGUGCGGCUCCGGGUGUUGUUUCUGAAGGGAGGAGUCUUUCUCUUGGAGAGGAGUCCUCAAUGAGCCUGGCCGAGGCCUGCGAUCUGUGUGAAGUGGACUAAGGAUUAAGUAGGAUGUCAACUGAGACAGAACUUCAAGUAGCUGUGAAAACCAGCGCCAAGAAAGACUCCCGAAAGAAAGGACAGGAUCGCAGUGAAGCCACUUUGAUAAAGAGGUUUAAAGGUGAAGGGGUCCGGUACAAAGCCAAACUGAUCGGGAUAGAUGAAGUGUCCGCAGCUCGGGGAGACAAGUUAUGUCAAGACUCCAUGAUGAAACUCAAGGGCGUUGUUGCAGGCGCUCGUUCCAAAGGAGAACACAAACAGAAAAUCUUUUUAACCAUCUCCUUUGGAGGAAUCAAAAUCUUUGAUGAGAAGACAGGGGCUCUUCAGCAUCAUCAUGCUGUGCAUGAAAUCUCCUACAUUGCAAAGGACAUCACAGAUCACCGGGCCUUUGGAUAUGUGUGUGGGAAGGAAGGAAAUCACAGAUUUGUGGCCAUCAAAACAGCCCAAGCGGCUGAACCUGUGAUUCUGGACUUGAGAGAUCUCUUUCAGCUCAUUUACGAAUUGAAGCAAAGAGAAGAAUUGGAAAAAAAGGCACAAAAGGAUAAGCAGUGUGAACAAGCCGUGUACCAGACCAUUUUGGAAGAGGAUGUUGAAGAUCCUGUGUACCAGUACAUUGUGUUUGAGGCUGGACAUGAGCCAAUCCGUGAUUCCGAAACAGAAGAAAACAUUUAUCAGGUUCCCACCAGCCAAAAGAAGGAAGGUGUUUAUGAUGUGCCAAAAAGUCAACCUGUAAGUAACGGCCAUCCAUUUGAGGAUUUUGAAGAACGAUUUGCUGCAGCCUCUCUGAACAGAAACCUGCCUGUGGACUUGGAUGAGUUGUAUGAGGCAUCACAGGCUGUGACCCAAUUAGAACUUUUUGGGGACAUGUCCACCCCUCCUGAUAUAACCUCUCCCCCCACUCCUGCAACUCCAGGUGAUGCCUUUAUCCCAUCUUCAUCUCAGACACUUCCGGCGAGUGCAGACGUGUUUGGUUCCGUACCUUUCGGCACAGCUGCUGUACCCUCAGGUUAUGUGGCAAUGGGCGCCGUCCUCCCAUCGUUCUGGGGCCAGCAGCCCCUCGUGCAACAGCAGCUCGCCAUGGGUGCUCAGCCACCAGUCGCUCAGGUGAUGCCGGGGGCUCAGCCCAUUGCAUGGGGCCAGCCGGGCCUCUUUCCUGCCACCCAGCAGCCCUGGCCCACUGUGGCCGGGCAGUUUCCGCCAGCCGCCUUCAUGCCCACACAAACUGUUAUGCCUUUGCCAGCUGCCAUGUUCCAAGGUCCCCUCACUCCACUUGCCACCGUCCCAGGCACGAGUGACUCCACCAGGUCAAGUCCACAGACCGACAAGCCCAGGCAGAAAAUCGGGAAGGAAAUGUUUAAGGAUUUCCAGAUGGUCCAGCCUCCACCCGUGCCCUCCCGCAAGCCUGACCAACCCUCCCUCACCUGUACCUCAGAGGCCUUCUCCAGUUACUUCAACAAAGUCGGGGUGGCACAGGAUACAGAUGACUGUGAUGACUUUGACAUCUCCCAGUUGAAUUUGACCCCUGUGACAUCUACCACACCAUCGACCAACUCACCUCCAACGCCUGCCCCUAGGCAGAGCUCUCCAUCCAAAUCAUCUGCAUCCCACGCCAGUGAUCCCACUGCUGAUGACAUCUUUGAAGAAGGCUUCGAAAGUCCAAGCAAAAGUGAAGAGCAAGAAGCUCCUGACGGUUCCCAGGCCUCAUCCAGCAGCGACCCAUUUGGGGAGCCCAGUGCUGAGCCCAGUGGUGAUACCACAAGUCCACAGGACGGUAGCUAGAAAGCGCAGGGCUGG